AUGAAAACAGAUGAGGAACUUCUGCGAAAGGAGGAAGAAGAUAUAUCCAAAACUAUAGCCCUGUCCCUGGAGGAGUACCACGCCGCUCAGAGGAGAAAGAGCGAGAAGGAUGACUACCUCCCGGAAGAUGAAAACGAUGAGAUGCUCCAGGAAGCCAUUCGGCUGUCCAUCAUAGGAUGCAAGAAGAGCGAAACCCAAGACAGCGUAGAAACGAGCGAUUCUUAUCGAGACAUUGUAAAAAAAAAUUUCAACAAAAUUACCUACUACCUAUGUAACAGCCAUGAGUCAACAAAAAAUAAAAAUGACGUUAUCGACAAUAAACUAUUUUGGGAAGACAUUUACAAAAAUUAUAAAAAUAUUUACAUCAUUAUAAGGGACUAUAUGAUAAGUCUAAACAGGAGGAAUGAAAAAAUGAAUGAAGAAUCAACUGACUCUACUUCUAGUAGGGAAUACUACGACAGUGAUGAUUCUAGUGAUUGUAGUAAUAAUUCUUCUUCCCUUUCUUGUUGUUCCUUGGAACAGAUAAGAAGAAGCUAUAAAAAUAUAAACUACACUACAAAGGAUUAUUGUAAAUGGUUAAGGAAAGGAAAUAGAAGCAAGUGCCUAAAUGACCACGUCUAUGUGAACUAUUUGUUAAAAGAAAUGAAGUUACUUGAGGACACCACAAGCAUUCAUAACUUAGUCUUCGGUGUCAAUAAUUAUAAGUACUCCAACAAAAUGGAUAUAAAAAAAUGGUGCAAUCAUAGCAUUUCAUUUUAUGAUAGUAAGCAGAUAAACUUUGGUCUGCGGCAAUUUUUGAGUGGACCCUGUGGCCUCAUUUCCAGUGUCCAGGGGUACAUCAUUAUUAUUCUGCUCUUCAAUUAUAAGUACCACUUCCUGUGGGAUAAUAACUACUUUAAUGUUCUGAAGACCAAUGCGGAUUUUUUGAAUUUCACCAAUGGUAGUGUCUCCUCCCCGGGGCAGAUCAACAAGGGGAAUGUAGAAAGUGGCGCCAACACGGGGAAGGAUGAUUGUGAUAAACCAAGGGAGGACCACCCUGAGGAGUGCAACCAGGGAGGAGUUCCCCCUUGUGAUGAACCCGCAACCCUGAAUGAGGAAGAUCAGACAAACUGCUCUUCCCAACAGAUUGAUUACCAAACUAAGAGGGACAGCACCACCGUGGGGAGCGAAAAAAACGGGGUGGGACACUCAAAGGGGGGAAGCUGGGGUGUGAGCAGCAGCGUCGACAGCACACGCAGCAAUGUAAACAACAAUGGUAAUGAAAUUGGCAAUGGAGGUGGUCCAGACACGCAGAAGGAGAACCCAGGGAAGGGAGAAGCUGGCAAGGAGCGGGCACACAAUAAGGACGACGUUGGUGAUGAUGACGAUUAUGAUCACGAAUUCGUACAGCUAGUCAGGGAUAACAUAAAAGAUUUGAAAUAUUAUUCGCUAGUAGAAUCCAUGGCGUAUAUUCUGUACCAAUGCACAGACAAGUCAUACUACAUUAUAGCGUUUUUGCUCCCCGAAUGUUACGACUUUUCCUACUACAUGAAUAGGAGGAGCUCGGAUGAAGACAUGAUAAGGGAUUUAAAAAAAAUAAAUAUUUACUACAAGGAUUUUAGCAGCAUUAAGGACGUAAUAAAGUUCUACUUGGAGCAUUUCAUCAUUUUUUCAAGCUCAACUGGAGCCAUUUCUUUCCUAUAUUCUGUAAUUCUAACAAGGGGAAUAAACAAUAUAAUGAACGAUAUGGACGACGUGAACCAUCCGUUGAUUGGGAUUUAUGGUCACUGUUCUCAGGAGUUGGUAAAUUUGCUUCUUACCGGUAGGGCCUGCUCCAACGUGUUUGAUAACAACAGUAUUAUAAAUACGUUCCCGCAGGUGUACGAGGAUUUGGGUGGUACUUUGCAAUUCGACGGGGGUGGUAGACGCGGCAGUAACAGUGGCAGCAGUUUGGGUGGUACCUUGGGGGGUAUUUUCCCUGGCAGUACUGCUGUUCCGACGUUUGCAUCCCCAACGAGUGAGGCUAGGAACGGCUCCAAAAGCUGGAAUGGUGGCAACGGAGGAACCCCGCAGGUCUCCCCCGGGAUGAACAAAAACAACAUCAUACUGAAGGGAAUCAAUAAGAGACCGCUGAUCGGACUUCUGACCGAUUUUGAAGCCUUCAAAUAUUGCGAAGUGGGCAGUUUUUACAAAUACCCCAUUUACCCAAUAUGGGUGAUCAGCAGUUCGAACCACUACACCGUCUUGUUCUCCCUAAACAUUAACAACUCCAAGUAUACGAGUGAGGAAUUAUUCCUAACAAAGCUGAAUAAAGUGUGGAAUAAAUAUGAUAAGGAAAAUAACAAAUACAUUUUAUCUCACUUCAUUCCUCAGUUUAUACAAGACCUAAAUUUGAAGGAGGAAUAUAAAAAUAUGUUUGAUGGCUUUGUGAGUGAUUUGGACAUUUUACUUUACUCCGAAUUUAAGGCGUUUUAUUUACAGCUAAAACAGAAUGAUAUUAACAAGCUUAAGAAUUCAGACCCCCCGAAGGAAAAGUAUUUUUAUCUCUACGAUGCACAAGAAACGCCAGAAAAAUGCAUCAACUAUUUUUUGCUAAAGGAAGUCGAUUAUGAUGUUACGCAUGAUAACCACCUAAAGUUUUUUAACACCCGCUGGCCAAAUAACACCGUCGAAAUUUUGAACAAUGUGAAGAGGCCCUCCAAGCAUAAGUACGCCUGUUAG